GGCAUGGCGGGCGGCUGGGCGACGGCGCUGGGCCUGGGGCUCUGCCUCACCGUGCUGCCCUGGGGAGGCUGCCACCCCCCCGGCACAGCCACGGCACCCCAAAGAUCAGCGGCACUACGGGAAAAUUUCCGCCUGCAGCCGGGUGAUUUGGUGGCCACCGCGGGGCAAGUGUUGGAGCUGGAUUGCGUUCCCCCCUCGGGGCACCCCGAACCCCACGUCACCUGGAAGAAGGAUGGGGUGACCUUGGACUUGGCGGGUGACCGGUACACGGUCACCAACGGGAAGUUGCGGGUGGCACCGGCGCACCGGAGUGACUCUGGGCUCUACGUCUGCGUGGCAGCCAACGCGGCGGGCGAGAGGGAGAGCCGGGGCGCCCACGUCUCCGUCCUGGAGAAACCCACCAUCACACGGCACCCGAGUGACGCUGCGGUGGCGGCCGGCAGCACUGUGGAGCUGGGCUGCGGUGCCCAAGGUGACCCAGCGCCACGGGUGCAGUGGCACAAGGAACGUGGGGACCUGCCCUGGGGCAGGCAUGAGGUGGACCAGGAGAACACGUUGCGCCUCUAUGCUGUGACGCCCGCCGACUCUGGCACCUACGUGUGUACGGCACAGAGCCAGCUGGGCACCGCCGCCGCCACCGCCCGCAUCCACGUGGAGGACCAGGCAUCGCCGGGCCGGCGGGGGGCUGCGCCAUGGGACCCGCUGGCCGUGCAGCUCUACCUGGACAACGGCACCGUGCUGCCUGCUGCCGCCGUCCAUCUCCGCUGGCGGAUGGUGACGCCAGUGCCGGUGCUGGUGGGGUACAUGGUGCUGUACCGCUGCCUGCUCCCUGCCAGCACCUCCUGGGUGCAACACGACGCGGGCAGGGAGCUCAGUGCCAUCAUCCCUGCGCUCCGCAGGGGCUACAAGUACGAGUUCAAGGUCCGACCCUACGCUGGAGGGACCCAGGGCUUGGACAGCAACAGCAGGUACCUCUGGAUACCUGAGGAAGUGCCGAGCGCAGCACCCCAACACGUCACCGUGGGCCAGGCUGAGACAGGGAACGGCAGCGUGGUCGUGAGCUGGGAGCCACCUCCUCCUGAGGCCCACAACGGCAUCAUCCAGGGCUACAAGGUCUGGUCAGUGGGCGAGGGCUUGCAGCACCCCACCAACAGGACAGUGGACGGAGGCACCCAUCGUCUGGAAGCCCUCCACCCAAACCCUGGGGCCGAAUUCUGUGUCCAGGUGGCAGCUUUCAACGGCGCAGGGCUGGGGGUCCCCAGCAAUGCCACCUGUGGCAUCCUGGGGAUGAUGGCGGGGAGCACUGGGGUGGUGCGGGUGCUGCGGCAGCCCGCCGUCAUCGCAGCCACUGGCUCGCUGCUCUGGUUGGCCUUGCUCGCCCUCCUCCUCCUCCUCUGCCAGCACCGUGCCACUCAGGAUGCUGCAGCUCGCCACAGGCUGAUGGCUGGUGACUCGCCGUGGCUUGGUGGUCCCUGGAAACCUGCCUGUGCCCCCCAAAACCUCAGCAGCAGCAGCAGCCUCAGCAGCCGGCUCCUGGGCAGUGACGGCAGGGACCCCCACCCCUCUACCCUGUCCUUGGAGCCGUCAAGCCUUGGUCCCCCCACAUCCCCAAACUGCAGCAGCCUCCACGGGGGACACCCACUGCCUCUUGGGGACACGGGGUGCUGUGACAGGGGGCAUCCUGGGGCAUGCACCGAACCCAGCACCCCGAACCCAGCACCCUGGGAGCGCAUCCGCAAGCGAGAGCUGCACCAAGUGCACAGCACCCCGGUGCUCACGGGUGGCCCUGGGCACAUCCCCGUCACCAGGAAUGGAGGUGAGUGGGGAACAGAUUUUGGGCUGGCAGCUGGGUGGCCUCAGCAAAGGGGACAUGACAGUGACACCACCACUGCCAUGAUGGCCGGAGGGGACCGGCGGUGGCUGCCAGUCUUCAGCUCCCCAAAACCACAUCGAGGCAGUGCUUCACUGGCCUCCAGUGUCACUGGGACACCCCCAAGACCUUCCCAUGCCUGGCACCCGCCAGUGACCCGGUCCCUGGCUAUUGUGUGCCCCAAGGACACAUCCCCAGUCACCAGGCAUCCCAAGGACAUGUCCCUGGCCGCUGGGAUCCCCAGGGAUACAUCUCCAGCCACGCAGCACCCCAGGGACACAUCCCCGGUCACUGAGAGCCCCAGGGAUGUGUCACCAGUCACCAGGCACCCUAGGAACAUGUCCCUGGUCACUGAGCACCCCAAGGACAGGUUCCUCGACAGCAGGCAUCCCAAGGCUGUGUCACCAGUCACCAGGCAUCCCAGAGACAUGUCACCGGACACCAGGCACCCCAAGGACCCAUCACCAGCCACCAGGCACAAGAGGGAAAAAAUCCUGGCCACCAGUCACCCUGAGGACAUGUCCCUGGUCACCAGGUGCCCCAGGGACAUGUCCCCAGUCACCAGGCACCCCAGAAACCCAUCACCAAUGACCAAGAGCCAGAGGAACAUGUCACCAGCCACCAGGCACCCCGAGGAUGUGUCCCCAGACAUCAAACAUCCAAGGGACAGGUCUCCAGUCACUAGGCUUACCAAGGAGAAGUCCCCAGCCACUGGGCACCGCAAGGACAAGUUCCUGGCCACCAGGUACAUGUUCUUGUCCAGCAGGUACCCUGAGGACAUGACAGCACCUACCAGGCAUCCCAGGGACACAUUCCCAGCCACUGGGCACCCCAGGGACACAUCCCCAGUCCCCAGGCACCCUGAGGAGAUAUCCCCAGUCCCUGAGAACCACAGGGACAAGUUCUUGGGCAGCAGGUACCCCAAGGACAUGUCCCCAGCCACCAGGCAUCCCAAGGACCCAUCACCAGUGACCAGGCACCCAGGGGACACAUUUCUGGCCACCAGAUACCCAAAGGACCUGUCACCGGUCACCGGGCAUCCUAAGGACACAUCCCCCGUCCCCAGGCACCCUGAGGAGAUGUCUCCAGUCACUGGUCACUGCAAGGACACAUUCUUGGGAAGCAGAUACCCUGAGGACAUGUCACCAGCCAUGGAACAUCCCAAGGACACAUCCCCAGCCAGCAAGCGCCUGAGGGACACAUCCUCAGUCACCAGGCACCCUGAAAAGAUGUCUCCAGCCACUGGUCACCAGAAGGACACGUCCUUGGGCAACAGGUACCCUAAGGACACGUCCCCAGCUACCAGGCACCCAAGGGACACGUCACCGGUCACUGGGCGCCUCUCACCAGCAUUCAGCGAUGGGGUCCUCACGCCGCAGCGGGUGGCCGAGGACCUGGAGAUGGACCAGGACAUCACCCGCCCCAGCCUCCCAGCACCAACCACACCACGGUCCUUCUCACCACCACACACCUAUGGCUACAUCUACGGGCCACCAGCCUCUGAACUGGGCGAAGAGGAGGAGGAGGAAGAGGAGGAGGAGGAGGAAGAGCGGCCAGCGUCGAGGGGCUCACCGGGGGGGUCACUACUGAAUGGCUGGGGGUCUGUCUCAGAGGACAACUUUGCCAGUGCCCGCUGCAGCUUGGUGAGCUCCUGUGAUGGCUCCUUCCUCCUAGAUGCCAGCUUUGCCCGGGCGCUGGCUGUGGCUGUUGAUGGCCUCUGCUUUGGCCUCGAAGACACCGAUAGGGCCUAUGGGGGUCUCUCACCACCACCAUCACCCUUGGAGGGCAUCUUCUCACCUGGGGUCCCCAUCCCCACCUGGGACUGGGGGACAGCACUGGGGGCCCCCCAGGGAGUCGGGAUGGAGACAGCAGCGGGCAUCCCACAGCACAGUGGCCAUGGGUCGAGGAGUGGCACCCCCUGGGCCAGUGUGGGUGGCGAGCUGGGGACAGGAGGGACGGGAGCAGGAUGUCGGACACGGCAAGGCCAGAGUCCCCUCAGCUCAGCUAAAAUCCAGCUUUAUUAAGUGGUUCUCCAAAAAGGGGUUUUCUGCUAGCAAAAGCCACCUAUGAAGGGUGGGUGGCACAGGGGUGGGCAAGUGUCCCUCCUUCCCCAGCAUCCUUGUCCUCCCCAAGUGUCCUCAUCAAUCCCCAGACCCCUUCAUCCCUCCAUAUCAUCUUCAUCCUCCCCAUGUGUCCUCCUCCUUCACCAGGAUCCUCAUCCCCCAACCAUCCUCAUCCAGCCCAGGUUACCAUUGUCCACCCCAAGUGUCCUCAUCCUCGUCCUUCCCAAGUGUCCCCAUCCCUCCCCAGCACUUUCAUCCUCCCCAAGUGUCCUCAUCUUCCCCAAGCAUCCUCAUCCCUUCCCAGUGUCUUCCUCCUUCCCCAGCAUCCUUAUCCCCCCCAGUCAUCAUCCAAAUCAAGCACUGUUGUCCAUCCCAAGUGUCCUUGUCCUUCCCCAGGGUCACUGUCCUCCUGACCAUCCUCAUCCCCACUGACCUUGUUCCUUCUGACUGUCCUUGUCCUUCCUGACCAUCCCUGUCCUUCCUCAGCAUCCUUGUCCCACCUCUGCCAUCCUUGGCCCUCCCAAAUGUCCUCGUCCCUCCCAAGCCACCUUGUCCUUCCAGAAUGUCCUUGUACCCCCUCCAAGUGUCCUUGUUCCUCCUGAGUAUUCUCAUCCCUCCCCAGUGUCCUCUUCACUCCACAGAGUCCUCAUCCCUUGUGACUGUCCCUGCCCUCCCAAGCAUCCUCAUCCCUCCCAACUGUCCUUGUCCUUAGGGUCCUUGUCCCUUCUGAGCAUCCUCCUCAUCCCUCCCCAGCGUCCUUGUUCCUCACCAGAGUCCUCAUCCCUCGUGACUGUCCUUGGCCUCCCCAAGAACCCUCAUCUUUCCUCAAGCAUCCUCAUCCCUCCCAAUUGUCCCCAGGAUCCUCAUCCCUCCUGUGCAUCCUUGUCCCCUCUCAGUGUUCUUGUCCCUCCCAACUGUCUUUCUCCCCAGGUUCCUCCCUCCCUGAGCAUCCUCCUCAUCCAUCCCUGAGCAUCCUUAUUCCUCCUGAGCAUCUUUGUCCCUCCCAAGUACCCCUGUCCAUUCUGACUGUCCUUGUCCCCCCUCACACUGCUGCCCACCGGCUGCUGGCUCUGUGCAAACCUAUUUACAUGGUGCCACUCAGAAAUUAAAGAUCAUCCCCCCCAUC